AUGGGUAAGAGGGCCACAGCCGAAGAGAACGCAGCUAGGGCCGAAGAAAACUCCAGACGGAAGGACACCCUUCCCAGAAAGCUGUUGAGGUUUUUCUGGACCGACAUUUACGAUGACAAAGAUGAACAGAAGCUGAUCUUCAAGGUGGAUACCUUUAUCAUGUCCUACUGUUGUGUUUCCUACUUCAUGAAUUACCUGGACCGUACCGCUUUUUCAAAUGCCUAUGCGACUGGUAUGAAAGAAGAGCUCGGGCUUGUCGGCAACCAGUACACCGUGAUCAACACCUGUUUGACUGUUGGAUACAUUAUUGCCCAGAUUCCUCACGCUCUGUUGCUUCAGAUAAUUCCUCCCCGUUAUUACUUCCCUGCCAACCAAGUUCUUUGGGGAAUCUGCACCAUGUGCACUGCUGCCUGUAAGACAUACCCCCAAGUGUGCGCCGCGCGUUUCUUUCUUGGUAUUUUUGAAUCUUCCACUUUUAGUGGGUCCAUGUACGUCUUGGGUUCUUGGUUGAAGGAGAACGAACUUGGAAAGAGAACCGGAGUGUUUGCUGCUUCCGGUGUGGCAGGGUCCAUGGUUUCCGGUUACAUUCAAACCGCUAUUUACAAAAGAUUCAACGGUACCGGUUCUCUGGCCUCUUGGAAGAUCAUGUUUCUCAUAGAUGGUGCUGUUGUCUUUCCUGUUGCCAUUUAUGGCCUUUUUUUCUUUCCAAGCACGCCUAAGACUUCCAACAACUUCUACUUCACCGAGAGAGAGUUGGAGAUUGCCAGAACGAGAUUACCUCCUCCAAAGCCAAAGACCAAGUUUGACUGGACCUUAAUUAAGCGCGCUCUCAUUGAUUGGAAGCUGUGGGUAUUGAGUUUUCUGUGGGUCUGGGGUGGUGCCUUGGAGGCCAUUUGUAACCAGAGCACCUUCCUUUUGGGUAUGAAAGCCCAGGGAACAUAUACUGUUUCCCAAAUCAACGAAUGGCCAACUGGUGUCCAAGCCGUUGGUAUUCUUUCCAUCCUGGUGGCUGCACUUUGGAACGACGCCUGGCCAAAGAGAAAGGCUGAGUUCAUCUACAUUUUGUGCGCAUGUCAACUUGUUUCUGCGUCUAUUCUGUUGAAAUGGGAUGUUGCGCUCGGCGGAAGACUGUUUGCCUUCUUCCUUGCCGGAACCUCGUAUGGUGGUCAAACCAUCUACUUCUCAUGGGCCAACGAUAUUUGUCAGGGUGAUGAUCCACUCAGAGCCGUUGUUCUCUUCUGCAUGAACAUGUCCUCGUCCAUUUUAUUCUGCUUCUGGGGUAUACUUCUGUAUCCCUCCUCGGACGCUCCAAGGUUCCACAAUGGGUUUAUAACCUCCAUUGUGGUGUCUAUAGUGUGUGCUCUGUGGGCUGCUAUGACCUACAUUUGUGCCAAAUACGAGAAGAGAAAAGUUGAAAGAUUGACAGCUGCUGCCGAGCUGGAGGAAGAUUCUUCUGACGCGCCAGAGUUUGUCUCAACAGAAGAUAUCUCUAAAGAUAAAGAGAAGGCUUUUGUUGCCUAG